GCUGACUGUGUUGGACUCCGGAGCGUCUGUCCGACCUGACGCACUCUUGUACCACAGCGCAGCUGUCACUAUUACUUCAUGCUCAUUGGCCCAAUACCGAGAGAGGCAGAGGCUGAGCGAAGGCAAACAACGGGGGAGAGAGAAAGAGCCGGACCCCCGCGCUCUGCUCCAUCGAUCUGCAGAGGCGCACUGAGGAUCCUCUAUCUGCGCUGGGCACGGAUUUCUCUCUUUCCUUCAUCUUCUGGAAUGCCAAAGGUGGAUCAGCUGUUUUGAACAGGAUGCUGCUGGGCAAUUUGAUAGUGUUAGUAUUCUCUCUUUUGGGAACGGACCUCAGCAGAGCUCACAUAUUUGAAGCCACACGAUCUGGAGAAGGAGAUAGCUCACCACCUUUUAUGAAAUUGGUAUCAGUGUACGACAGCAAAGCGGGCUCAUGUAAGGGGAGAUGCUUUGAGCUGGAAGAAGCAGAUCCUCCAGGAUGCAGAUGUGACAAUCUGUGUAAAACUUACCUCAGCUGUUGCUCUGAUUUCGAUACUCACUGCCUGAAAACAGCUGGGGGGUUUCAGUGUUCACGUGAACGCUGCGGGGAGACCAGGAAUGACGACCAUGCCUGCCACUGUUCAGAUGACUGCCUUGAGAAAGGAGACUGCUGUUCUAACUACAAAUCCACCUGCAGAGGUGAGACGUCAUGGUUGGAGGACAGCUGUGAAGAUAUCAAGAGUCCUGAAUGUCCUGCAGGUUUUGUUCGUCCUCCUCUCAUCAUGCUGUCUGUUGAUGGAUUUAGAGCUUCCUACCUGAAGAAGGGCAAAUUUGUCAUCCCAAACUUGCAUAAACUCAGAUCAUGUGGAGUAUCACCUCCGUACAUAAGACCAGUCUAUCCAACUAAGACAUUUCCCAAUUUAUACACUCUAGCCACAGGUCUGUACCCAGAGUCCCAUGGAAUUGUGGGAAACACCAUGCACGACCCAGUGUUCAAUGCCACCUUCAGCCUGCGUUCAAGGGAGAAAUUAAACCACCGCUGGUGGGGUGGAGAGCCAAUCUGGAUUACAGCAGAGAAACAAGGAGUAAAAGCAGCAACUUUCUUCUGGCCCUGGGUCAUUCCUCUGGAAAGAAGGAUUUUGACCAUACUCCGUUGGCUCAAGCUUUCAGAUGAAGAGAGGCCGUAUGUCUAUGCAGUCCACUCAGAGCAGCCGGAUACCUUUGGUCACCGUCUCGGACCACUUAGUAGCGAGCUGGACAACCCUCUGAGGGAAGUCGACAACAUCAUUGGUCAGCUUAUGAAUGGACUCAAACAGAUGAAUCUACACCGAUGUGUCAACGUCAUCAUUGUAGGGGAUCAUGGUAUGGAUGAAGCCCACUGUGACAGGACAGAGUUCCUCAGCAGCUACCCUCUAAAUCUAGAUGAAAUCAUCCUCAUCCCUGGUGCCAUUGGUAGAAUACGUCCCCGUGACCCCAAAUCAGCCACAUAUGACCCAAAGGUUGUGGUUGGAAACCUUACUUGUAAAAUGCCUGCUCAGCACUUUAAACCAUACCUGAAGCAGCAUUUACCCAAGAGGCUUCACUACGCCAACAACCGCAGGAUCGAGGAUGUCCAGCUGGUGAUGGAGAGAAAAUGGCACAUUGCUAAAAAAAUGCCAGAAAAACCCAGAACUCCAUGCUUUUUCUUCGGUGACCAUGGCUUCGACAACAAGUAUACAAGCAUGAGGACUAUUUUUGUCGGCCAUGGACCAAGCUUCAAAUUUCAGAAAAGUGUUCCAGAGUUCGACAACAUAGAGUUAUACAACGUCAUGUGUGACUUGUUAGGGUUGAAGCCGGCUCCUAACAAUGGAACACACGGCAGCUUGAACGACUUGCUGAAGAAUCCACCAUUCCAGCCCACCGUGCCAGAGGAAGUCACGCCUCCGUCACCAGCUUCUGACUCUGACAUGGUGACUCAUGAUCUGGGCUGCAACUGUGAGGAUGAGAACAGGGUGGAGAUCAUUGAAACUUUUACUCCUGCACCAGAUGGGGUAUACAGCUACAACAGAACCCAUCUUCCCUUUGGACGCCCAGCAGUGAUGUUCACCACCUGGUACAGUCUACUACAUCAUGUGGAGUUCAUCAGUGGAUACAGUAAAGAAUUGGCCAUGCCGUUAUGGACCUCAUACACUCUGCCCCAGCAGGAGGAUCCGGCUCCCGUUCCAGAAGUUUCACCCUCUAAUAACUGUGUCAGGGUUGACCCAAGAGUGUCUUCAGCUCACAGCCAGAGCUGCACAGGCUAUAACCACAACAGCCACCUCACCUAUGGCUUCCUCUUUCCCCCGGAUUUUGCAACAUCUUCUGAAUCCAGAUAUGAUGCUUCACUCAUCACCAACACUGUCCCUAUGUACCCUGCUUUUAAAAGAAUUUGGAGUUACCUGCAGAGGACACUGCUAAGACUUUACAGUAACGAAAACAAUGGUAUUAAUGUUCUGUGCGGGCCUAUCUUCGACCAUAACUACGAUGGCCUUCGAGACACUAUGGAGCAGAUUAAAGAGUAUUCAGAAGAAGCACUGCCCAUUCCUUCCCACUUCUACACCAUUGUGACAAGUUGCCAGGAGAUGAACCAGACGGUGGAUGAGUGUGAAGGGGCACUUAAGGUGUUCUCCUUCAUCCUUCCUCACAGGCCAGACAACAGUGAAACCUGCAAUAAUGCCGAGAAUGAGUCCCAGUGGGUUGAAGACAUGCUGAAGCACCACACAGCUCGAGUUCGGGAUGUGGAGAUCUUAACGGGCCUGGACCUUUACAGAUCCACCAACCUCACCUAUACCAGCAUCCUGGGCCUCAAAACCUACAUGAACACCUUUGAGAAUGAUGACUAGACUAAGAAACUCAGACACAGAUGCACAGAAUGUCAUGACAGCCCUGUAUUAUCUCUGCAUGCUCGCUGAAGUAUACUUAUUUUGCUUCAAAGGAACUGUUUAAGAAGAGCUUUAACAUGGGGGUACAUUUCUGGUAAUUAAUAAAAAAGACCUUUCUCUAACAUAAUGCAUAUUGAAACUGAAGACAGUAAGGUUUUAGCAAAGAUUAGUAACACUAAGCCUUAAACAAGAUCUUAUCAUGGAGGCAGACUUCAUGAGUAACUGAAACAGAAAUAUUGCUUCUGAUGUUACGCAUGAAUUGAAACAGAAAGAGCGCACCUAACCCUGUAAUCUAUAUGCAAUUAAAGAGAUCCUCCUAUUAACUGAAAAGCACAUAAGCUCAGACAUAUUGUGUUUUCCCAGUGUUUGUAAAACCAAAAGCAAAUCACAUCUUGUGAAAAAAAAAUGCUAUAAUUUGGAUAUACAACCAAAAGAAUUGAUGCUUACCUCCCUUAAAAUGCUUACAGAAGCACCGAAGUAUGCCACAUAAUGCAAAACAUUAUAAUUUGUCUGCAUACUGAAUCUAACCCCAUAUAAUACUCUGGUACCAAUGCUGGGUCAACCAAAGCUAACCAUAUCUUUACUUUUUUGCUCAACAUUUAUAAAAUAUAGAACUGUUCAAAACAUAAAAAAACUAAUUCAACCAAAAAUAUUUCUUACUGUUAAUCAUCCUUUUAUUUUUGCAUCAUAAGUAAAUUAAGUUACCCUAUUUAGCUUUAAAAAGGUUAAAAUACAAACCUUUAUCCUCCACCAAUACAAGCUCCUUGGCUGUUUUAAAGAGAUCUUUGGCUUAAAAAAUUGUAUAAAUACAACCUAGUAGAGUCAGUUAAACCGGAUCACAAAAUCAUUUUAUUUUAUUUCAAAAAAACCUUUGCAUGCACACUUAAUUGUGCACAGUGUCACAAACAUCAUCCAAAUUACUCACUAUCUUUACUUGUAUACAAUUUACUGAUUGGAUUAGAAUGUAUUCAGAUUGAAAAACAAAUUCCGUAAAAAUUCAAAAAAUAUCCACUGGACUUGGUUUCCAAGAUUUGAAGACGUUUCGCCACCUGCAGGAAGCUUUCUCAACUCGAAUUGAGAAAGCUUCCUGGAGAGGUGGCGAAACGUCUUCAAAUCUUGGAAACCAAGUCCAGUGGACAUUUUUUGAAUUUUUACGGAAUGACUAUGACCUGGAUGACUGAGAACCUUCAUCAGCAUUGAAAAACAAAAUAACUAAUCAGAUUAUACUGUAUAUAUGACCAUAAGUAAUCGGAAAAAAACACCUGAUCAGACUGCAAACGUGCAAUGUGAAAAUGUCAGAUGGAAUAUGCUGACAUAGCGUCUAGUGACUCAAAGCAGAAAUGCAUAACCUUUCACAUGCUCACUCUAUUGUCUAUUGGUCUAUUGUCUUCAUUUCCUCUCAGUUGGAUUACAAUUUUAUUCCAAUCCUGUGAAUACAAUUAGAAUAUUCAGACUGCUCUUUACAUUACAUAUUUUCAGUUCAAUACCUUUAUUUUAGUUAGUGUCCAUGUAAACGUAACUACGUAGAAGUAAAAACCUAUUUUUUUCUCUUUUAGUUGACUUAAUCAAAAUAAGGGAUACAGGAAUUCAAAAUGGCAAAUAGCCCAGACUAAGGUGUUAUGGCGAAAUGGACAUUUACAUACUAUUGAUAAACUUUAGGAAAUUGGUUGAAUAUGAUUUGAACUGGGGUUUAGUGGUGUCAUGCAGAUUUCAGAUUCUCUGUCAUAUCAAGGAUUGCUUAGUCUUUGACCCAAAGCGUCAAAAGCACUUGUCUGAUGUUGCAUUUGUUGUCAGUUUAUUUGUCUUAUUGAACUGACAGCAUUUAUACUCUUAACUGUGUACAGAUAAAGAGUCACAACAUUUUACAUUUUUUUCAUUUAAUUUGAUAGCAUUAUAAUCAUGAGUUAACAAUAUUGACAUACAUAAUCAGUAGAAUAGAAAAUGUGACUGACUUUAAGAGCUUAAGUUGAAAACAAACCGUUUUUUUGUUUGUCUAGUCUUUUAAAUAAAACCCAUGUAGAUCAG